AUGGAAGAGGACGACGCCAAGGGUGGCGGAGGUGGAGCAGGCGGCUCCUCGGGAGGUGGCCUUGAGGACUGGUCGGAUGAUGAUGAGGAGGAGAAGGAACCGCACCACACUCAUGGUGCCGACAAGGCGGGCGCGAGCUCUGCAGCCGCGCCGACUGCACCAAGCGGCACACCGAAGCACCGGGCCGAUGCCUUUCUUCUUACCGGCUUCUCGUCACCGUGCCUUCAUAGGGCACCACCCUCUCUCUCACAGGCCCCGCCUACCUCAGUGAUUCGGGCGGCGGACGGCUCCGCAGAGCCCCGCCGUGUGGACCCGCGCGCCGACCUCCAGGAGGCGACGGAGCAGAACGCACAGGAGGCGCGCGAGGAGCAGGAGGAUGCGGAGGCGGCCAAGGCGGCACAGGCGGAAGCCGCUGCGGCAGCUAAGGCCCAGGCUGACGCCGCGGCCAAGGAGCAGGCGGACGCAGUUGCCAAGGCGCAGGAGGCGGAGUCGGCGGCCGGGCUCCAUAGCUCAUCGUCCCGCUGCGUGCCGUGCCACCGGCGCCGGAGAGAUUACCACAACAUCCGUGCGGCCGCCUUCAACUCCCAUGUCCGGGAGCUGGCCAAGCGGACCACUGAUUUGGCCGGGAGCCGGAGAGCAGCCGCCGCACUGUAG